UUAAAAAAAAAAAACAACACAAACAAAAACAAGCCAACCGAUGAACGGUGAUGUCAAUUUGAAUUUAUUCUUGGUUUCUUGCAAUUUUUCUUGCAAGUUUUUAAUAAGCUUUUUGCCUGCAAAACUAGAACGAUUAUUAAUUUUAUAGAAAGAAGGAACCUUCGUUGUUUUAACAAUAUCCUUCUAGGCAUUGGACUUCAAGUAUAUUUUGUGAAAUGAUCAGUUGUAAUAAUGAAAAAAUUCGGUACUGACCCUAAAGUUAAGAAAACACUUGUUAGAAACUAUGAAGAAAAAGCAAAAAGCUGCUCUCGCAAUCAUGAACAGAAAGUCAAUUCGAAUGCUAUACCAAAACAAAAUCUACGUAACAGACAUACACAAAACGAGAAUGAACUCGGUCAACCUUCUUUAUGUUCUAGUGAAGUUUUAGCUAAUUAUUUGACGGAUGUGACAAAAAAUCUGCCGCUUCCUCAAUAUAUCGAAGACAAUAAUAUUGAUAAAGAACAAAUAAACGCCAAAAUGACCAAGAAGUUAAAUAUUCAUUUUAAUGAAAAACUGUACAAGAAUUUAGUAGAGUUAAAUGUAAAUGCUGAAGUUCAUAAAACAAGAAAGGACAGAAAGCCUCUGAGAGCAUCGACUAAGAGAGACCUCGAACCAAAUAUUGAAGAUUUCUGUCAAGAUGAAAAAGAAAAAGAUCUUCUGCCUGCAAUUCCUGUUCCUCCUUGUAAAUUUAAACCUGUUAAGAAGGUUGAGAAUGGGCAGUUACAUAAAUUGAUUGCUUCUUUUGAAAAAUUAUGACAAAUAUAUA